AUGCGGCGGGUCCCGCGGGCGGGGCUGGCGCUGGCGCUGGAAGUGGGGGUGCGCGCGCUGCUCUUAGGACUUUUCUUGAUCACUGAAAUUCUGCCUCCAUUCCAGCGGGUCAUUCAGCCUGAAGAGAUGUGGCUGUAUAAAAACCCCUAUGUGGAGUCUGACCAUGUGCCCGCCAAGCCGAUGUUUUUCAUUUCCUUUUUAUCUCCUUUGGUCCUGAUUCUUCUGGCCAAAUUCUUCAUGAAUGCUGACCAAGAGGAUACACGGGAAGCAUGUUUAGCGGCCAGCCUGGCUCUUACGCUAAACGGAGUCUUCACCAAUGCUGUGAAACUGGUCGUAGGCAGGCCUCGGCCGGAUUUCUUCUUUCGCUGCUUUCCAGAUGGACGAGCAACUGUUCAGCUGUUGUGCACGGGUGACGCUCAAGUAGUGACAGAAGGACGCAAGAGCUUCCCCAGUGGACAUUCUUCAUUUGCUUUUGCUGGUCUUGCCUUUGGCUCCUUCUAUGUGGCAGGGAAGCUCCACUGCUUUGCGCCUGGUGGCCGUGGGCAGUCCUGGCGCCUCUGUGCCUUUUUAACGCCACUCUUCAUUGCAAUGCUGAUUGCUUUGUCUCGUACCUGUGAUUACAAGCAUCACUGGCAAGAUGUAGUGGUUGGCUCCGCAAUGGGCUUGGGAUUUGCGUACAUUUGCUACAGACAACAUUACCCUCCUCUGACGGAUCCCGACUGCCAUCAACCACUGCAACGCAAGUCCAGACUCUCUGCCCCUGAAAGGCAAAAGCUAACCCUCUCUGGUUUCAACCUUGAUGUAUAAAGAAUGCCCUGGAGGAGAAAGGGGGUACAGUCCUCCACUGGAUCCUGUACCUGGAGGGGAAAAAAUACAUGAUUUCACUUUAAAGGGCCAGCAGCAGCCUCCCUGGGGCUGUGGGCAUGCUCCUUUCCUCUUCUUCAUCAGCCUGUUGGCAGAGAAGAGAGUAUUGCAUUUGGUUUGCACUACAACAGAGGCAAGCCAUCCUCUCAUCCCUGACAGCUGCAAAGGAUCAGCCCUGGAUUCACUCUAAGGCAUGCUGCAAGAAGUGUUUAUCAUAGAACUGUGGAGUGGCAGUGGGAUCUAAUGAUAAUCCAGUCCAGUCCCUUACUGCAAGGCAGGAAACAGCUGCAAAGUACCAGCUCUGGUUAACUCAAGCAAGCUUGGGUGCAUGCUAGAUCACCAUGCAUAAUAACAACAUGUAUGCAGCAUGGCUUUAGCAUGGAGGGCAGGGUACCUUUGUUUUCUGCCUACUCAGCUAGCACCUGCCUUUUUUAAUACUCCCAACUCUGUCUCACACACAGAGGUCAUGUAACAUUUAGAUCUGGCUUUCAGGAGUCUCUAUUCCUCUGGCUGCCUCCAAAAAAUGGCUCUGUGCUCUAAGAUCAGAUUUUUCUUUGCAUAUUUCACAGGACAACUGUAUGGAUCUUGGUAAGUGAUGCCGAAUUUGGAAUCUUGGCCAUUUUAGCAUCCAUUUUGGAAGAUUAUACUGUAGCCUAUGAAGCAAAUCUUGGGAGCUUGGAGGCAGCAGCCAUUGAUGGUAGAGAAACUACAGAUAUGGUGGAGUGCCAAAGUCUUUCUGUGGUCAGCAUGCUCCUAGUUUUGGAGCACGGCUAACUGUUCCCUAACCCUCACUGCAUAUCAGCUUUACUUAGCUUCCCUUUUUCUAUUCAUUCCCUAAUCUGUAUCCUGAAAGAAUGCACAUUCUGAAAACUUGGUAAUGGAAAUGCGCACACAAUCUGGUUCAUUUGUUUUGAAUGUAGAUCUUGCAUAUUUUUGGUGUAGUCAAGCUCUAAUCGUGCCAAGACAAAAGGCAUGCCUGUUGAAUCAGGUCCAGGCUGAUGUACCUUUACAGCAACAAAACCAGGCAGCAGGUUUAUAUUGAGCUUUUUAGGGAUACGCAGGCUGUAAAUACUUUAAAAUAACUUUUUCUAUCAUUCUAGAAAUUUAGAAAUUGCCUUUAGAAAUUGCCUGGGGUUGAAUUUGAGGGCCAAAACCUCACAAGAUGCAGGGGAUCUCUAUUCGGACCCCAGUAUAUGUGUUGUAGUUGAAAAAAAGGGCCACUGUGGGUCAAGGCCAUGAUGCUGGAAAGGGGUUUCUCCCCCCCCCCCCCUAUUAGAAAUGCCCUUCUCCAUCUGCAUUAAGCUGUAGGAUAUAAAUAAAAGCCUGCACCUGGACUAUUUAAAUGACUUUUUAAAGAUUGUUAUUGAUUUUACGGUUUUGUGAUUAAUUCACUGUGUUUUAUGAAUGUUGUUAGCCGCCUUGAGCCCAUUUAUGGGGAGGGUGGGGUAUAAAAUCAAAAAUAAAUAAAUAAAUAAAUAAAACAGAUAUAAAUAAAACAGUCAAAAUAUUGGGUACCCAUCUUUUUCUUAUUCAGGGGCAUAAACUUAAAUCCUGCCUAUGCAGCCCUGCAAAAUCCCCCUCUGCCUCUGAGCUCAGAAAAACAGCAUGGGAGGGAGUGGCUGAAACCUCCCCCCCCCCGCCCAUAUAAUGGCCCCGAUUCAAAUUGGAUCCUGUGGCAUUUGGGAUAAUAAGUUCGCUGCAGCUGCUAUCUGGCCAUAGGGAAUGCAAGUGGGAUCAGGUUAUCCCUCGCCCAAUUCAUGCAAAAACUUAACUGUGUAGGGAGGUUGACUCUGUGGCAUGUGAACAUGGCCUAAUUGAUAACACUCAGAAAUGUCAUGCAAUUUACAGUGCAUGUGAAUCAACACAAAGAAUCCUAUUAGCAGUGCUAGUCAUUUUCCCAUGGAGAAACACACCAUCUGACUCUCCUCCUGACUCGCUUCUAUUAGUGAAUGUACGGAAAUGGAGGAGAGCGUUUUUACACAGAAGCAGCAUGUAAGAUGUAGGCUAGCAUGUUAUUGCACAAAAACAGGAAAAGCAUUUGCCUUUAGAGCUGGUCAUGGUAGGUUGAAAGCAGGAAUUAUAUUUCUUUAAAAUAAACCAGUGGCAUACCAGACAGCCCUGGGAAACCCAAAGCUGAUCCAAAGGAAGGCAGUUUUCUCUUGUUGCUUCCUCUUCUUUUUCCGCAUUAGAAACUAAAAGUAUGUUGCCUCUAGAGAGGGACGUUCCACUCUGCUUUUGCAGGCAACAGCUACCGUCCCAAGUAAGAGAACACUUUGACACCUGCUUAUUUUCAUCUCCUGUUAAAAUGAGGCUAGCCUAAACAUUUGCCGAGGGAAGAAUUGUAGUUUGUAAUGUAAGAAGUACAAUGUUCAGUUUUCCUUUUUAAUAUUUUACAUGUUUUUAGACACCAAAUCAGAUCGUUUGAGUCUCACAGUUGUCAGUUUUUUAAGUGUCCAAUAAAAAAGCCAAUACUUUAAAGAA